UCAGAAAUGUCAAAAUCAAAAUCAAUAUCAAAUAUACGUUUAUAUCAAUAUAUAAGAGAAAAAUGUAAAACAGCUAUUGUUGAACAAAAAUCAGAUAAAAACAGUGUAAGUUCACCUUACCAAUAGUUUUUUAUUGUUGGAUUGUUAAUGGAUUUUCCUAAAUUUAGGUACAUUGAAAUCAUUCUUUUUCUAAUUCUGAAGGUUUCAUUCGUACCAGUCUCAAAUAUUUUUUUGUCAAACUAAUUUUGACAAUAACAGAAAUGCAUUUAGAAUUUCUGCUUUUUGCAGUAACUAUUUUUUGAAAUUCGACAAUUAUUUCGCCAAAAACUAAUGAUUCACCGACGUUCGAACGACCGACAUUUGAGCGACUACAAAACACUAGUUUCAAAGGUCUUGGUAAAUAUGUUUGCUGAUUUUUCAGACAUUAUAAUGUAAUUGAAAAGGAUCCAAAGUAGUCGGUUCGAACUAGCAUUUGAUGCUCUUCCUAAAUAUAUCUUUAGAAUUUUGCUUUGACUUACGACCAGUUAGCUGUAAGCAAAUACCAGAAUCGAUAAAAAAUGUCGUUUGCACCACGCAAAUAGGCUUUUCUCCUCUCAUUUGUAAUUUCUCUAAAGGGUAUUCUGAGAUACUUUUUAGUUCCUAUUGCUGUAGAGAAUUUAUGUUCUACAAAAUCAUGGGUUGCAAUAAGCAAGAACUCAAAAGAAUCAAAAGCUAGAAACAUUUUUCGAAAUGCUGCUCUUUACGUGAGAUGAUAUUUCUCAAAAUAAUCCUUUUUUUCGAUUUUCGGGAUUAAAAUGCAACAGAUUCUGAUAGUUUGCAACGAUAUGUAGAAAGCAAUGCAAAUUAGGCAUUUUGUAGAGCAAUCUUCGCUCUACAAUCUCAUGUAUAAAAACACUACCUUAAAAGUUGAAUUGAGACGGUUUUAAUCAAAAUACAAAAAUGGACUGCAUGAAAUAUUCUGUAUAAAUAUCAUUUUUGGUCCCAUUAACAUAAACAUAAAUUCUUUAUAGCAAUAGAAACCAAAAAGUAUCCCAGAAUACCCUUUAGAGAAAUUACAAAUGAGAGGAGAAAAGCCUAUUUGCGUGGUACAAACGACAUUUUUUAUCGAUUCUGGUAUUUGCUUACAGCUAACUAGUCGUAAGUCAAAGCAAAAUUCUAAAGAUAUUUAAGAAGUGUACAGGGGUUAUCUACUAGUUUUCACUAUGCUAGUUCAUGCUUCGGAUACAUGGUACAAUGUACAUUUUCGACUUUUAUCACUCUUUACGUUAAUGAUACGAAAGAUUGCCACUAAGCUAUUUUUUAUAGAAAGAGAUCUUUCUUUGAAAAAAGCUCUUGUCUAUGAAAUAAGAAAUGAUGCACGAGUUAAAACAUCCAUCUGUUGAUUGAAUAUUAUAUAUAUUUUUAAAUAUUAAAUAUUUAACUUUUUUUUAUUGUGAAUCAGUUUUUUCUAAAAAUUUAUGAUUGUUUUGUUUUACUUCUAGUCUCAAGAUGUUGAAAAAUGGAUUGUAAUGAUUGCUAAAGAUCCAUUAUUAAAAAGUUUACUUAUUGAAGAUAUUGAAUUUAAAGAAACACAUUUACAAUUAAAACAAAAACAAGAUGAAGAAGACAAACGUAUGGAUGAAGAAACAGUUAGACAAUGUCCAAAAUGUACACAAAAUUAUAUACCAGCUAAAUCGAACUAUGGUGAUUGUUGUUAUCAUGAUGGAUUUGUUUAUGAUUUAGAUACACAAGAACGAUUAACCGGUGAUCAAGCACGAGAAAAAGUACAACAAAUAAAAUUAGCCAAUAGGAGACAACAACAACAACAACAAUUACCAAAGCUUGAAACAAAUUUAAUAUGGGCAUGUUGUUUGACACUAGCUGACGAUCAAAUAUAUGCAUCACCAUGUCAACGAGGAGCUCAUGGUUUACCAGAUGAAUUAGGAAAUUUAGAUUUAACAUAUGAUCCAAUUGCAAUUGUACAAGAACAUUUUUCGAAAAAUACAUUAGCAUCAAAAAAAUUAGAUAGGUUUUUACAAAAUCAAAAACACCGACCUGUUCAAUCAAAAACUACAUAUAGUGCUGGAAAAAGAUGA